AUGCCACAGGGUGGCUCCGGCAUGUGCCGGGGCCGCUUUUUUGUUGACCCGGCGGCGCCCGUCACCAAAUUUUCGUCGCAAAAAUUGCCAUUCCGAUCGGGGAAAACGAGCUUGACCAUACCGAAACACAUUCUUUGGGGCCUUCCGGCGCUGUGCCUUCUGGGCCUUGCCGCCUGGUCCGCGCCCGCCGCCGCGCAGAUCACCGAUCCGCGCGUUCUCCAGCUCGAGGAACAGGUGCGCCAGCUCACCGGCCGGCUCGAGGAGCUGAAUUUCCAGCUUCUGCAGAUGCAGGAGCAGAUGCGCCGCCAGCAGGAGGACAACGAGUUCCGCCUGCAGCAGCUCGAGGACCGGCAGCAGGGCGCGCUGGAACCGCAGAGCGGCGGCAGCGCCGUCGCAUCGACCGAUCAGGACAAGGCGCCGCGCAUCGCUCAAGACACGCAGCAGGGCGCGGCGCCGCGCGAUCUGGGCACGCUGACCAUCGAUCAGGGCGGGACGGUCUCCGGCGCCGGUAUCGAUUUCUCUAAGACCGGCAUCGGUGCCGCCAUCGGCGGUGAACUGACCAAUGCGAUCCCCGAGACGGCCAAUGCCGAAACGCUCUACAAGACCGGCUACAACCAUGUGCUGAACGGCGAUUAUGCGCUCGCCGAGCAGGUGUUCGAACGCUUCGUCGAGCUCUAUCCGGACGACGCACUGGUCGCCGAUGCCCGCUUCUGGCUGGGCGAAAGCGUUCGGGCCCAGGGCCGGCUUGAGGAUGCCGCGGAGAUUUUCAUCGACACGCGCGCGCGCCAUCCUCAAGCCGGCAAGGCGGCCGAAACCAUGCUGAAGAUCGGGACGAUCAUGGCCGCGCUCGGCGACCGCGACAUUGCCUGCGUGACUUUUGCCGACGCGCUGCGCCGAGUACGCCAAGGCGCAGUGCUGACCCGACCCGACACGACCGCAACGGUCUCGUCCGCCGAAGACCGGGCGCGCGCGGCAUUCGGCCGGCUCGCACUGCCCGCCGAUGCAACAUUGAUCCUCGCGGUCUCGGGCGGCGGCGACUCGGUGGCGCUGCUGCAUUUGGCCCGGCGCCAUUUCACGGCCCAUCGCCCCGAUGUCCGCCUUCUCGCGGCCACGGUCGACCAUGGCCUGCGCGCGGCAAGCGCCGACGAAGCGCGCCAUGUCGCCCGGACCUGCGACACGCUCGGCAUCGACCAUGUGACGCUGCGCUGGGCUGGGGCAAAACCGGGCACCGGCGUCCAGAGCGCGGCGCGGCACGCCCGCUACGCGCUUCUCACCGAGUUGGCCGUCCGGCAGCAAAGCGCCGUCGUGCUGACCGGGCACACCGAAGACGACCAGGCCGAGACGGUGGCCAUGCGCGCCGCGCGGGCCGAUGACGGCCGGGGACUGGCGGGAAUAGACGAAGCCGCGCUCAGCGCCCGCCGCGUCUGGUUCGUGCGGCCCUUGCUUGACCUCGGACGGCAGGAAUUGCGGGACUGGCUGACGGCGCGCGGCCACGAUUGGAUCGACGAUCCCUCCAAUGACGACCGGCGCUUCGAGCGCGUUCGGGUGCGGGCCGACCUCGCGCGCGAUCCGGCACGGCGCAACGUCCUGCUUACCGGUGCCGCGCAACAGAUGGAACGCCGGCGCAGGGACGCCAUGGAUGGAGCCGCCUGCCUCGACGACCGGACGAUCUGGCAAAAGACCGGGGACGGCAGUCGCUUCAUGCCCGCCAGCGCGGCCAGCCUGCCCGCCGCCGGGCCGACGGCCGCCAUGGCCGCCGAACUGGCCUGGACCGGCCGCCUGCCGCGCAUCGCCGAUGCCGCGCGGGCCGAAAGAACGCUCGCCUUCUGCCGCACCGCACCGAACGGCACGGCGCUGACGCUGGCCGGAUGCCGGCUGCAAAAAACCGGCGGCGCGGUGACGAUCGCACCCGAACCGCGAAACCGCCGGGCGGCGGGCGAUCGCUGCUUCGAGACCCUGCUCCCAUCGGCCGACUGGCCGCUCGCCGAUGCGCUGGCGCGGCUGCACGAAGCGCCGCCCUUCCCGCCGCCGCCGUUCACCAAAAGCUGA